AAUCAAUUCUUCUUUCUCUGCUGAUUGUUUUUUGAUAUUAUUAUAGUAUCAUUAUUGUUAUUAAUACAUGAAGAAUUCGAAUUCGAAUUCUUUUUUUAUUUCAAUCUUUUGUUUCUUUCUAUGAUUAUUAAUUGAUAAAGAUUUAUUUUAAUUUGAUUUUAUGCGUUUUAAAUAAAUAAUAAAAUAAAAAUAAUGGAAGAAAAAGGUCAACAAGGAAAAGAUCGAGUCUCUCCUGCUUCAAUUUCAUCUUUGCCUUUACAUCCUGCAGGUGACGGGAUUGGGUCGGAUAACUUCAUGGAUAAGCCACUUUCUCCCAAACAUGAAAGGAUUGUUUCUCCGAAUCCUUCUCCGGAUGCAGCUAUUGUGGGGUCCAUGAAUGCUAGUGGAGCUCAGACAUCUGUAAAUCCAUCGAGUUUUUAUACUCCUCCAGAGCAGACCUACUUCUAUGGAGCAUCAGGUUAUGAUGAUGGCUCUGUUAACUGGGGAGAUUAUUCAAACUAUGUCCAUGCCAAUAACUUGCAAAUUGUGCCUCCGGCAAUGUACAAUGAUAAUGCAUCGCUAUUAUUUCAUCCUGCGUAUGGGUUCGACACCCAGGUGGCAUAUGGCCAGUAUUCUCCGGUUGCUAGUCCUUUAUCUCCAAUAAUGAUUGAUGGCCAGCUGUUUUCACCACAUCAAGUCCCAAUGUCUCCAAAUUUCUACUCGCAACCUGUUUCUCCUCAUGUUACUUCUGCUCUUCCAACCGAUCUUUCAACACCUGCAAACAGUGGGCAAGAGGCUCUUGCUGACAAUAUGUUUUGGGGGCCUGGAUCAGGUUAUUAUCUGCAGUAUGGCUCUGUUGGUGGAGCCAACCCAUCUGGAAAUAAUAAUUUAGGAUAUUAUAAGUAUCCUGGGGAUAUUGGCUCAGGAGAAUCAGUACCAAAUCGAACAAUGUCAUCAGAUACAAGUAGCUAUGCAUCUUCACUCACAUCAGGAUCCUUGUACCCAGCACCAGUAGGCAUUCUUGGGUCAUAUGAGCACAUUUUUGGUCAGAUUCCGCAGCAGCAAACAGCAUAUGGUUAUGGGUCAGUAUCUGGUUCCUCCACAAGACGCUACCCACAAAGUGGACCUUUCCGUGGGUAUAAUAGUAGUUCCGUUUUCCAAGGGGAAGCUAGUCGUCUGAAUCGUUUUUUUCCAGAUAAAGGCGGGAGACAUAGGGAUGGGAUUAGUAUGCUUGGUGAAUCACAUGGUACUACCAGUGAUCGUAACAGAGGACCUAGGGCAUCAAAGCCAAAGGUAAACACUAAUAGUGUUGAUGGAGAUGGUAAAAGUGAGCCUGCUUCAAGGGUUGAUAUUGAGCUUUACAAUCGACCUGAUUUUGUUACAACAUAUGACAAUGCAAAGUUCUUUGUAAUAAAGUCUUUUAGUGAAGACAAUGUCCAUAAAAGUAUCAAGUACGGUGUUUGGGCCAGUACCCCACUGGGAAACAGAAAACUGGAUGCUGCUUAUCAAGAAGCAAAAGAAGCUGGCACCACUUGUCCAAUCUUCCUCUUCUUUUCUGUGAAUGCCAGUGGCCAGUUCUGUGGAGUGGCUGAAAUGGUUGGGCCUGUAGAUUUUGUGAAUGAUGCAGAAUAUUGGCAGCAGGAUAGGUGGAGUGGCCAGUUUAAAGUUAAGUGGCACAUUAUUAAGGAUGUCCCUAACAGUCGAUUUCGACACAUUCUUCUUGAAAAUAAUGACAACAAGCCUGUCACUCAUAGCAGAGAUUCCCAAGAGGUGAAACUAGAUGUCGGUAUUGCAAUGUUGAAAAUAUUUAAAGAUCAUGACGCAGAUACAUCAAUCAUAGAUGACUUUAGUUACUAUGAUGAGCGAGAGAAGGAUUUGCAGGAAAAGAGAUCAAAGGAGAAGGAUUUUACAAAAACUGAUCCCAUUGCUGUGAAUGAUAUUUCAAUAAGUCAACUUGCAGAUAAAGUUGCAGAGUCCCUCCAUGUGGAAGAAAAAAAAGUACAGUAAAGAUUUGGUAACAGUUGGGUGCAUAGGUGAAUCUGUGAUCUCGGAUAUUGUUUGCAUAGACAUUAUUAACUCCUGGAUAUUGUUGCGUUGAAGUCACAUGUAAUCUUUUGGCGUAUGGGGGUGGCAACCGACAUCAAAUCAUGAGGUGGUUUGCUGACAGUCAGAUUGCAAAAAGCACUUGUUUUUAGUAAUAUGAUAAUUUUCAGCAUUUCAGGGAGGCUGUAGUAUGGGAGUUGACUGUUUGACUUUAGGCAACCUUCUGGUUACUCACACCUUCUCGUUUCUAAAAGGGAGGUGGUGGUGACAGGUGGAGUUGAGGCUAUGUCUGAAGAUGCGUUCAUAGUUUUCUUUUUCUUUUUUUGGUUUAUUUCAAGAUGGUUAUUGAGUUGCUCCCCAAAACGAAGUGUACAAUUCUUAAUUAAAAGAAUGAAUGAAAAUAUGCUAUCAAAGUAGCAAGACAAUCUCUUUUUGCGAUUUCA